AUGCAAAGGAUUUGGAAGGCAAAUGUAUCCUGGGACGACCCUCUACCACCAGAUUUGGUCAAUUGUUGGUCCGUGUUUGUCGACAGUCUCCCGGCACUAUCAAAUGUAAAGGUUCCUCGUUUCCUAUCCACGCAAUUGCAGUCUCGCGUUCAGUUGUGCGGCUUCUGCGAUGCGUCAGAAAAGGGUUACUCGGCAGUAGUGUACUUGCGCACAGUCACACACAAUCACUCUGUCUCUAUUUCGCUACUUGGAUCCAAAACCAAAAUGGCCCCUGUAAAGACUUCCACUGUGCCUAGACUCGAGUUAUGUGCCGCUGUCCUACUUGCUCGGUGGCUGUACCGCCUUCUGACGAUAUUACAGGAUAAACUGAACGUAGACUCUACCUUUGCUUGGUCUGAUUCACAGAUAGUUUUGUCCUGGUUAGUCAAACCUCACUCUAUGUUCAAAGUGUUUGUCUCCAAUCGUGUGCAUCGAAUACAUACACUUCUUCCACAUUGCCAAUGGGGAUAUGUUCGCUCUGCCAUCAAUCCUGCGGAUUGCGCCUCCAGGGGAAUGCUACCUUCCGAGUUGAUUAGCCAUUCGUUGUAUUGGUGUGGCCCGAAAUUUUUAUAUGCUAAUGUCGAUACUUGGGACACGUCUCCAACUCCCAUCCCGGUGGAACAAUUACCUGAUACUAAGAUCGUAUCCCUUACCGUAACUGUCAGUGAACCAUCUGAAUGGAUUUGUCGAUUUUCCUCGUAUGACCGCAUGCUUCGUGUCAUAUCGUGGGUACGACGUUUCAUUUUUCGCUGUAAGCGUAAGGAGUACCCACUCGCCUUCUUGCAGGCAUCUGAGCUUCAGGAGUCACUUGUCAGUAUUGUCCGAGUAUCUCAGCGUCUAUUGUUGUCUGGAUUGUUCAUCACCCUGGAAUCGGACCGAACUCCAUCACGCUCAUACGCUCGUCUCCGCCCAUUCAUGGACUCCAACGGACUGAUCCGCAUCGGCGGGAGACUACAUCACGCCGAUCUACCUACUCUUCAGAAGCAGCCCAUGCUGUUACCCAAGACGUCACACUUAGCCAAGCUGAUCGUCCGACACUGGCAUUUAGUUACGUGUCAUUCUGGACCCAGGGUUAUAACCGCUUUGAUAACCCGUAACUUUUGGAUAAUGUCAGUUCGUGUUGUCAUUCGUCAGACUAUUGGGUCAUGCACCACCUGUGUUCGAGCUAUCGCUCAAUCUCCGCAACCUCUGAUGGCAAAUUUGCCUGCAGCCCGCGUUCAAGUAUGUCAGCCUUUCUCCAAAGUCGGAAUCGACUACGCCGGCCCCCUUCCGAUGAGAGAAUUCCGCCUACGGAAGCCUAGAGAGUACAAGGUCUAUAUAGCUGUUUUUGUUUGCAUGGCUGUCAAAGCCGUUCAUCUGGAGCUCGUUCUUGAGCUAUCUACUGACGCAUUUUUAGCGGCGUUCGAUAGGUUUGUAGCUCGUCGUGGUCUGCCUCAAGAAAUCUUUUCCGACUGCGGUACCAACUUUGUUGGCGCGUCAAAACGGCUAUCCAUACUGGUCAAUCAUCCAGAAAAUCGUGACCGGUUGACAGCUCGCGCUCCCUGUUCUUUUAACUUUAACCCCCCAGCGGCACCACAUUUUGGAGGUCUCUGGGAAGCCGCCGUACGUUCAACCAAAACUCUGUUGUCUAGGGUAAUGGGGUGUCACCAUCCAACCUUGGAGGAACUAUCAACCGUGCUCUGUCGAAUCGAAGCUGUCCUCAACUCACGACCGCUCACGCCAAUGUCUUCGUCCCCAUUGGACUUAGACUAUUUGACACCAGGUCAUUUUCUGAUUGGCCGGCCGUUGCUGUCCGUGCCAGAUCUGCCGAUGCCGGAGACAGCUAGCAAGUCGGUUCCUCGUUGGAAGCUUCUCCACCAGUGCCAUCAGGCGUUCUGGCGUCGGUGGUCCGCCGAAUAUUUAUGCUCUCUGCAAGUACGCAACAAAUGGACUAAGAACAGCCCCAACCUCAAAAUAGGCGAUAUGGUCGUAGUGAAAGACAAACAGCUGGCCCCCACCCACUGGCGCUUAGGACGCAUACUAAGUGUCAACCCAGGCGUUGACGGUGUAGUACGUGUAGUCCGAUUGUUAACUUCACAAGGGGAGUUAACUAGACCUGUGGUUAAGUUAGUAUUGUUACCUACGGAAUAG